GCCUGCUCGGCGGUACAGUGGUGGCGGUGAUGUCGGUGCAGAACUUCAGCCUGGCGUCGGCGAGCGGGGUCCCGGGCUACCUGUACACCCGGGUGACGGCCGGGUCCCCCUCGGGCCGGUCCACGCUCCACGCGGUCCUCGACUACGACGACGACCUCCCCACCGGUCCCGGCGACUACGACGCCACGAUCGACGGUCCCAAGGGACCCAUCGUCUUCAAGAACGGCUCCCUCCCGGUAGUGCCCCUGUACUCCUACGGCACCCAGCAGACCGGCAACGGCAGCCUCGUCCACAUUCCGGUUCUAUGGACAGCCCUGUCGCUAGCCCUGGGCCUGGAGAUCAGGGGGGAUAUCAUCAGGGGGACGCCAUGUAUAAAGAAACACCACCAGCUGUUCUGCCCCACUGCUGGCAAUACAUACCCUUUGGAAAGGAUAGAACUGUUCAUAGAUGAAAAUAAAGCACUCAUGAAGAGGAUGUAUGGGGAAUUUGAGACGGGAGGGGAUUAUGGGCCUCCUGGGCAAGAAGUCUAUGAAGAGGAUGCAAGAACAGAGAGAGGAAGAAGACAAGUGCCCAGGCCAGGAAACCAGACAUCAGACACUGGCAGAGUUGAUGCGUGUCAAUCAAAAAUUGAAAUAGUUACUCCAUAUUGGGCAGCCAACAGUGCCGGCAAGAUCCGUGCCAUAGUUAACACGCAGCAUUUCGAACAAGCCAUUCACCAGGAAGUUUGCUCAAAAGUACAAACAAACAGAUGUGCUGGUGACUGUGGGUGUGAACAGAAGUAUAAAUGGCAUAGACUACUUGCAUACGAUCCAGAUAAUGACUGUAAAGGAAUUUUCAUGGACUGGUUUUUAUUUCCAUCUUGUUGCGUCUGCCGUUGUAAUCCAAAUGGCAACAUAAGGCAUAGAACUUGAGCGAAGUAUGUUAUACUGUUGACUAGGCUACAUCGCUGCAUGGGCUAUCCAAUAAAUAAUAAAUAAUUUCAUCAAUGUGUGCAUUAGCACUCAUAAAAUUUAAUACAUUUUAAUUCACAAAUUCAUUUUACAAAAAAUUUACAAAUUAAUGAAAGAAAAUGUGUACGUUAAAUAAAAAUUCACUAUGUGUGUAUGAUAGACAUUAGGUUUGGAGGAAAUUUCAAUAGGAGAAUCAUUACAGUUAAUAAAUAUUAAAACAGUGAAUUGUUUUUUGAGGAUUUAUAAAAAAAAAAAAGAAAAAAUGUGGUCUCAUGAAUACGCAUUAUGAUGGAGUUUAACUAUAAACUUUGGUUUAAAAAAUCCAAGAAAUGAAAUAAAUCAAAGUAAAAAAAGAUGGAUGUUAAUACAAAUUUAAAUUAUCUGAGAAUUAAAGUGAUUUAAUUAGAAUAAUUUAAUAAUAAAUCAUUUAACAGCUAUUCCUUUUAAUAAUUUCUGUAUUGAAAAAAAAAAUAAAGAAAUAAUUUUUUUUUCAAUUCUCACUAAUUUAAUUAAAUUUCAAUAAAAAUGAGUUUUACUCCUAGAAAUAUAAACUUUGUUUAAUAUGAAUGUGACCCUUUAUUAAGUGUUAUCAAUUUAAGAAGCCUUUUCUUGCCAGAAUUGAUCUAUUUUCCAAAUUAUAUUGGCUAAAGACUCAUAUAAAUACAACACGGCUUUCUACAAUGAUCUACAAUCUAGUGACUAAUUGUAUUACUAUCACACAGAACGUAAAGCUACUGCAGCAAUCUAUACAAAGAGAUCGUAGACCAUCUCGACUGAUUCCUGUUCCAUUUGUAGGAGCCUUUAACAUUUUUUAAAUAAGAUAGUAAAACAUUUUUAACAAAAAUUGAUAAAAGACUGAUAUAACAUCAAUUUCUCCUUCCUAUGCCCAAGCUUAUUCAAAAUAAAAAUCUUAUAAUAUGCAUUUUAUCAAUGUGUAUCUUUUAAUAAUUAUAAUUUUUAAACUUAGUAAGAAUCAUGCAUAUCUAGUCAAUAGUAUAACAAUUGAAAUAAGCUCAUUCCUAAAAUUACCAUUGAGUUACCUAUUAUAGAAACUAUAGUAGAAGGAAAUCUAUUUUGUCAAAAGAGCCCCUACUGAUCUUGGAUCUAAUUUUAGCUUUAAACUUUACUACUUUACUCAUUACUACAAAGAGCUGUUACAUUUUUAAAAUUGUUAAUAGCUACAGCUGAAAAGUUAAAAAAAAAAAAAAAAAAAAAAAAAGGUAAAGUUUAAAGAGUGAGAAAAAUGGGUGCUACUCAAGUGUAUAGUAUCGUAAUGAUUAAGUAUAUUUAUUUGCAUUUUCAAAUGAGUUGCCUAUUGAUUUAUAAAAUGCGACCAGGUGAAGUAAUAUCUAUUCGAAAAAUGCAUUACUAAUUGAGCCUUUCAGUUGAUAGAACUCCAAUUUUAACAUUUUUAAUUAUUAAUUUGAAUAUUUUUAGUGGGAACAUUAUACCUUUAUUCAAAGUUCUAUAUUUCAACACUGCAAUUACCUACUCUGGAAUCAGCUUGCUCACUAUCUGAACAGGUAUUAUAAAUUUUCCAAUUAGAAAUAUCACUAAAAUGAUUUUACUCAAAAAUGUUGAUAUUGGAGUUAGUCAUUCUUUCAACUGAAAGGCUUAAUUGUAUCAACAUCCACAUUAGAAGGAGAUUGAAAGUUUCUAGGCAAAUUAAAGAAUAAAUAAAGAAAAUCUGGGCAGAGCUCAUGUUGCAACUAAGAGAAUCAAUUCUCCCUCUGUGAAAAUUUAGAUUGCUACUUUAUCAUAUAUGCCAUCAUGACUUUUUUCUUUUGUUUAAGUUUUGAUCUGUUUUAUAUUCUUUCAAUUGCGUGCACUAAUUCAUUAGUUUAUUGGUAUUUCAAUAACAAAAGGAUAUUUAUUGUUAGCCAACGUGCAUACUAAAUAUUCUCUUUCAAGUUCUUUAACCAAACUUCAGUAUCAUUUCUCAUACUACUAUAAAAUGGCUACUUUUUUAUUUUUUUUAUCAACCGCACUAAACGUGCUCACUCCACAGGUAUAUCUUGUAUUGUUGUGGAAGUUUUUUAAAUUACUUGAAUUUCUAAACAUUGUUUUUAUCUCCAACUUAUCUAAAUAUCUAAAUAUUUUUUUACGACAUAAAAGAUGCUAUUUAAUUUUCUUUAAUUAUUAAUAUUUAGCCCUCCUAUUGUAUUUGUAUCAUACAACUAAGUUUUGAAAUUAUUAAUUAAUACUUAAUCCUUAGUUAUCAUGCUUAUUCUUCAAUAGAGUAUAGCUUGCCCACUUACCGAGGCCAGAGCUGUGGAAGAGUUGGGAGUGGGGAUAACCUUUAUUAACUGGCCAAGGUAUAGCUGGAAUCGUAUAGUGAAUAGUAACUUAUUAGCUAACCCUCACGAGACUUUGAACAUUUGUGGAAAAUAAUUUUUUCACAGAGUAGCAAUUAGUCACAAACUGGUUAGAUUUGUAUGCACACUUGGUCUGGGGAUGAUUCUGAAGGAUAUCUUCAUCAUUAAUUGGGAAUAAUUCAAAUGAAUUGUUUCUUGUCCCAUGAACAUACUGUUUUGAGGACAACGAUUACCAUCUUAAAAAGAAAAAUCAAAAAGGCAAAUCAUUUGAAAAUGUAUAAUUGAACAAUGUCUGAUAACACAUUGUUUAACAUACAAGAACAAAUAAAAACAAUGUGAUUACAUAUUUUAAGUUGUGGUAUGUUAUCAUUUAAAUUCAUUAGGAAAUUAGUAAUUUAUUAAGAUAAAAAGUAUUUAAACUAACUUUUCUUUAUCUUCUUGUCUGUAUGUUGUUUUUUUUGUUUCUGUGUGAAUUUAUUAAAUCUAGUAUUUAAUAUAAUUAAUACAUAAAUAAUGUAAAUAGCUAAUAAGAUCUAUUUUGUAAUUAAGUUUAAGAAUUAAAAUUAUGAGUUUUCAAAUUAUAAGUAGUUUGGAGAUAAAGUGGUUGAAUAAACAUUAAAACCAGGGCAACCAAUAAUAAACACAAUAUAUUUUUUAUUGAAAACAAUUCUUUCAACACAGUUUAUAAGUUUCUCUAACAUUUCAUUAAGAAUUAGAUAAAUAUCAACAUGAGUAAAUAUUCCUUAUACAUUCAUUAAAACAUUAGCGAAAUAUUUAUUAACAUAUCCAUUAAUUAUAUACUUUUCUAUACUUCUAAAAGAUUCUCAUGUUCCAAACUUAAAAUUUAUAAUUUACAAUUAUAAAUUACCUUAGACAAUAAUCCCUAUGGGAUGUAACAUCAAAAUACACAUAUAUUAUAUACACUAACAGUACAAAAUAGAAACAGAUGCUAUUAAUUUUAAAAUCAAUUAAAAUUUUAAAAUGGUAACAAUUUAUUUUUCUUAAACUACACUAAGGAACAUUAUACAAAAAAACAUAUAUAAGAAAAGUAUAAAUCACAGUUUCUUUUUAAUAUAACAUAAAAAAAAAAAAAAAAAAAAAGCAAAAAAAUGUUUUCAGAAAAUCGUAUUGGUGGAUAAACUAGCUAGCUAUUCCUAAAUAGUCCCAAUAAGACAAAACAUAAUAAAGUACAAAAAGUUUGACUAUCCUGGUGUCAUUUUUUAAAAAUGCUUCCUUCGUAAGGAUUGCAAUUACAAUUAAAGCUAUUUGAAAUUCAAAAUAUGUACCAUGAACCAUAUCACAGAAAACUUAUUCCUGAUUAAAUUUUAUAUAUAUUUAUAUUAUUGGAAACAAAUAAUAUAUAAUACAAAAAGAGACAACCAAAAUACUAUCUUAAUGCAAUUGAUCAUCAGAUCAAGAUUUAUAUGAAUUAACACUGAAAAUUGGUCUACGAUUUCAGAACUAUUUCAACAUUGAAAAAAAUGGAAGAAAUAAAUUCUUUAAAUAAGCAAAUUAUAUUGCUGAUUUAUUUAUGAUAUAAUAUUGAGUGCUGAAAAUCGAGUUAUCUCAAUAGAAGUCAUCGGUGCAAAAAAGAAAUUCUCACUUUAUAAAAAUAUAAAAUUGUUUCAAUCUUUCUAUCUAUCAGAAUAAUAAAAUGCAGUACGAUUGGCAAGAUGAGUAGAAUUAAUUUUAAUAAAGACAGCAAAAAAAUAUAAAAUCAUGUAAAUUAAACUGAUGGACACAGCAAGAAGUUAGUUCUAAAUAAGCCAAGAUAAAAUAAUAAUAACUUAUUCAUUUCAUCAAAAAAUAGAAAACUUUUGAGUGAUUACAAGUAAACUAAGCAUAUUUUAGUUAGAACAUCAUCACUCAGACAAUUUAUUUUAUUUAAAUUUAAAUGAAAUUCCAUAAACUUCUGAUUAAAAAAACAUUCAAUAUAAAACUAAUAUUAUAAGAUGAACAGAGUACAAAAUUGAAAUAUCAUCUUAAAUAUUUUCUAAGAGUGCUACCAAUGGGUAGUUUCUUAACAAGCACUUUCAUGGGAUUGUAUUAUUACCAUGUGCACAUUUACUGGAUGUAUUUUUAAAUUUAUGAAGUUGUAAAUCUCAUGAAUAAAUAAAAAAAUAAUAUUUUCAAUCUAUAAACUAGUUAUAUGUAAAAGAAUUAUUAGGCUGUUGGAAGCUAGGCAUGUUUGUAGGGAAGAAUUGAUUAUUUUGUAAAAACUGAGGAGCUUGAUUUGGGGAUGAAAAACGAUUCUGAGAUUGAAAUGAAGGACUGCUACCAGCAAAAGAGCGACUGUUGGGAAGAUUGAACGGGGGAAUACCAGGGCGCUGGGGAGGCUGGAAGUUCUGGCCUUGCUGAGGAGGAUAUUGGGAGCAGUUUGGUGGAAACAUCUGAGAGAAUGGCUUGUCAGAUUGAGGAGGAAAUGGAGGGUUGUCGGGCAUAUAUCCAUUCUGAUGGAUGUUCCCAGUUCCACAAGUAUUGUUCAAUGGAAACUGUUGGCCUUUUGGUUGCAACGCUUGAUUAUCAAAAUGCCUGUGCUUGCAGGGACGAUUUUGUGAAAAUCCUGGAGAGUUAGUAUUACUGAACGAAGGGCUUGGAAAGGAAUGAGUAUUAGGAGGAAAUGACGGUUGGCCUCCAAACGAGUGAUUGUUUGAUGGCCAUGACUGGUUGCUCGAUGAAAAUCCACCAACCAUAGGCCGAAAUGGUGGAGCAUUUCUCUGAAAAGGUUGAGAGUUCUGAGGAGAGAAAUUUUGACUAGGAAACUUCUGACCGUUAGCCUGAAAUCCUGGAUUAGUUGGUUGAAAUCCCUGAGUGUUUGUGGGAAAAGCCUGGCCAUUUGAGGAAAAGGAAGCUUGAGGCCUGCUAGGUGAAAACGGAUUUCCAUUCAUUUGAUUCUGAGAAGGAAAGAUGUUACUUGUACUUGGGCUGGAGAAGAAUUUUGAUUGCAUCUGAUUAUUUCUGAUGGAAAAUGAACGACCACCGGGUGGAGAUGUUCGAAAGCUACUGCUAGAAGAGAAGGGAAAAGAAGGUGGUGUCGGAGGUGCCUGCCUAUGGAACGGAGGUACAGUAAAAUUAGAUGCCCUUACAACGUUUCCCUUACUUGAACCUUCUCCAUCAGGCAUUGGUCUUCCAGCUCCUGGUGCAGCAUUUCUAAACCAAUCAGGGCGCUUAGGUGGAGUCUGAAAUUUUAAUUAUUUUUAUUAAUAGAAGACUGACUAAUAAGGAAUUAAAGUAAGACAUAUUAUAAUUUAUUUAUCUACUAGAUUAUAGUUACUAAUUCAAAAAUAACAAUAAAAAGUUUUAAUACAGCUCUUAUUAUUUUAUGUUUCCUCUUCCAUAGAAACUCAAAGAUAAAGUGAUGUAUUCAAUAAACAUUUACAAACCAUAUUAGCAACGAUUUUACAUGUAUUAAUAAUCUGAUAAUUAUAGCAUUUUACAAUUAUUUAAAUCAAGAUACUAAUAAUAAUAGUAAUAAUUAGUAAAUAGUAAUAAAUAAAAAAAUAUAACAAUAUUAAGAAAAGAAAAAAUAUAUUGCUUAAGUUUUAUCUUGUUAUAGACCAUAAAAUAGUAUAGGAAAAUAAAUUAUAAUAACCUUCAUAAUUUAUUUUAAGUUUUAAUGUUUGAAGUUCCGGGUUAAACUACCCACCAUCAAUAACAUCUAUCGAAAUAUAAUAAUAUAUCAUACAGAGGUGCCCAGAUAGUUUCAUGGCGCAAGUUGCACCAUUAAAAUUUUUGAAGACACAUUUCGAUAGGGUUAUGAAUUUUCAGAAUGAUAAAUUCAAACCAGAAGACAAGAGUAAAAUAUGGAACAGACCACAGCAAGUUUAAUUAUAUAUGAUCUAUGGUUUUUUUAAAUUCUACUUUCGCUUACACUGUUUUUAGCAAUCAAAUAUCUUGGGAAGGGGUUCAUGCGCCAUCAACCUUGGGAGGGAUGGGUACCUCUGAUAUCAUACGUAAUUAGUUCACCAGACAUUAUUAUUGACAUAUUUUUACAUAGGUGUGGAACCGAGGGCGCAUGUGGCCUCCAAACAUUUUAUACAAUAUUUAUUAAUCUAUUGCUGCAAUUCAUUAAUAUUUGAUUACUUAAGUAAUAAAAGUUUGACAAUUAAUAAAAUUAAGUUGAAUAUAUGUAUGAGAGUUUGUGUAUUUAGUGUUAAAUAAAAAUAGCAACGGUAAAAUAUACCGACUUAUUGCUGUCUCCAUCAGCAGCACUGCCUAACCUUACUGUGGUCUAUAAUGAUAAAAAGGUUCCCCAGCUAUACUAUUUAUUCUAUUUUUUUUUUAAAUAUAUGAUAUAAAUGAAAGUAAUUCACUAAACAGUAUAAAAUAACUUUCUAUCAUUUAACACUGCAUUAUUAUAAUACAAAAUGUUAAAGUCAAAGAAAAAUAUACAAUAAUUAUUGCAAGGAUUCAUAUUUUCUAUCAGUAAUAAUGUAGAUAUAUUUUCGUUAUAAAAUCAUAUAUACUUGCACUGUGUGAUACAAAUCAGUAACUAUAAGUAAAUUAUUCAAGAAUUAUUUUAAUUCAAUUUUUAGUCAUUAGUGAGCUCACAAAACAUGUUUUAAAACUUUGACUGCGGACGGGAUACCUGCCUUCCCGCCUUGGCUGUCGCUACUUAAAGAGGUAGGGGCAAGCCCAGCUUCCAUCAUUCGCCUUAUGGCUUGGUCAGUGCAUUCAUUAGUCCCCUCGAACUCAUUUAGUUCGGUCGUUCCCGGUUUCUGAACAUUUGGAAGCUAUCAGUUACAGAUUUAUUCUGAACCCAACGUACGUUCUUUCUCUAUUAUUUGUGUCAUAUACAAAUAUAGCCUAUUCCACUAGAACCAACCAAUCUCCACAAUCUUGUGCUUUCUCCCUCUAUCUUCAAACAUCCAGCCAGCCCCCUCAGAUCAUCCUCCAGCGAUCUGCGUCCUCUACUUCUCUUGCCAUAUGGUUUCCCAUAGAAAAUCCUCUUUGGCAUUCUCUCCACAUCUCCUAUCCAUUUUAUUCAUACUCUUUAUAGCAAUGACACAAUAUGAGGUUUCCCAAAGAGUUCCAGCAUCUUCUCAAUCCUUCUUCUUCCCAAAAUCCUUUUAUCAGCAAAUUCAACUCAUGUAGUUCUCUACCUUUCUCCCCCAGAAGUAGAGAUUCUUUUAAUGGAUGGUAUAAACUUCAAAACUAUUUCCAGUGAGAAAUAGCAUCUGUUCCUUACUGCUAUCCUGGCUUUUAUUUUUCACUCUACUUUGUUGUCACAUGUAACCAUACUUCUCAGGUACUUGAACUGAUUUACAGACCUAAGACUGAAUCUCUGAAAAUCACUUCACUUUAAAAUGAACCAAACUUGUAGAUACUAAGAUAUAUAUAAAUAUUAAGUAACACAUUUCUUAAACUUUGAGGACUUAAAAAAUUUGUUUGUGACCAAUUUCAUCUAAUUAAAAGAGCUGAUAAUCUUACCUUUAUAUUCCUGAACCACUAAAGUAUUAAAGUAAAUGGUUCAACAGUUAGGAGACAGAGGUAGUUUAAAAAGAGUGAUGGCGAUAUUAGAAUAACAAAAAGAAAAACGACUCAGAGCAACAUUAAAAUAAGUGAAUUAAUAAAUAUUCAGAAAAAAUAGGAACAUUUAUCAGAAUUCUUAGGUAGCUGAGGAGGUAAAUGUAUGAUUUAACUUACCGUAAGAUGAUUGCUAAAUAGCUGGUUCCUCAUCGUAUUUUGACGAUUCAUUCUUUCUUCAAAAGAUGGAACUUUCCUGAUAGGCUCAUCGAGAUCUACAACUUCCUGGGCUAAAGCCUUCAUCCGGGACUACAAAAUAACAAAAAGAAGAUAAUGAAAUAUUCUAUCAAAUUUAUUUUAUAUUUUUGUCAAUUAUUAUUGGAUGCUAUCACCUUCCUGAAAAUAGGAAGAGCAGCAAUAGUAGAUGACAUAGCUCCUAAAUGAUCAAAUACAUGAGCCAAAAGGGAGUAGAAGUUUUCCAGCACCUACUAGAUCUCGUAUGAAAAACAAGGAUCACCCCAAAGAAGGAUUGGGAAGUUUCAGUUCUAGUCCCAAUACUUAAGAAAGAGGCUAAUAAAGAAUGUAAAAACAAUCAGGGUGUAUCUCUUCUUAGUGUUCCAAGCAAAAUAUUAGGGAGAAGACUGCGAAUAAUAAUAGAACCCUAUCUAAAUGAAGAACAGUGUGGAUUCACGCCAGUCAGAAGUACCCAGGAUCUCAUAUUUGCACUAAGACAAAUUUCUAAGAAAUUAAUAGAAAGAGACAAAGAAAUAGAUGCUUGUUUUGUAGAUCUAGGCAUUUGACUGGGUUAAAAAACAAGACAUAGCAAAAGCCCUAAAAGAAAAAGGAAUAGAAACUAAUCUUCGUAAGGCAUUUCUAAGUCUUUAUAAAUGUCAAGGCAACGUUGCGAGAACAAGCAGUAAAUUAUAAAAGGAGUUCACAACUUAACAAUGGAUCAGGCAAGGGUGUAGUCCAAGUCCUUUGCUAUUUAAGUUAGUGUUGGACAUCGUAAUAAAAAUAUCAAAACAACACAAGAGAUCUUAUCAAAUGGAGCACACAAAUCUUCAACCUGUUCUUUUUUUUCUGUUCGCUUAAGCAGAUGAUUUUUGGGGGUAAUGGAGGAAACCUUCAAUUCAACGUUCGCAUUCUUCAAAAAGAAUUAUAUAAGAUAAACAUACCAAUAAACUUGGACAAAACAAAAACAAUGAGAAUUGGAAGGAAAGAAGGAUUUAAAGUACCUUGGUGCUCACAUAAAUGAGUAAGAAUGGACUGAAAGAGAAUUAAAGAACGAUAGAAGUCUGCAGGAAGGUGGUUCAAAGCCAUCAAGAAAGGAUUUCUGAGUAAAGGAUAAGUGAGCAAGAAGGCCAAAACUACUGUUUACAAAAACACUUUACCCCCUAUAAUGACCUACUCCAGCAAAUCAUAGACACUAACUACCAAAAACAGAAGUCAGAUUGAGGCCAUGAAGAUGCAAUUCCUGGAGGGUUAAAGGAAAAACAAAAAACAAAGAGAGAUGGCAUAAGAAACUCCACAAUAAAAGAAAAACUGAAUGUAAGACCAGUUGAGUCAGUAAUAGAAGAAAAUAAUUUGAGGUGGUUUGGUCUGUCUCUCGAAUGGCCGAGAACCAAGUGGUCAGAAUUGCUUUGCAGAGUAACAUUGAUGGAAGGUGGCAUCAGGAAAGGCCCAGGAAGACUUGGGAGGAUGGUCUCAAAGAGGCCUUUAACAGAAGAGAUAUUGAUUGGCAGAGGAGGAGGCAGUUGGCACAGGAUUGGGAGUAGAGUUCAGUUCUACAAGAAGACUCCUCACACCGCUCAGAGGUAGAAGAGAGAACAAUUAAAAAGAAGAUUUAUGUCAAUUACAGAAUAGUAUCUACCUCUUUUCUUUCCUUUUUGGCUUUGCGUUCUUCCUCAUCAUCUGAAUAUUCUUCAUAUCCAGGGGGAGGUUCCACAUCUCCCUUCCAAGAAGCAUCACUUCCUUUCAUCCUGCAAAUAAAUCAUUCAUUAAAUUAUUCACCAUACAAAACAAAAACAUUUUUAGUGAGUAUUUUAGAUAAUCAACCAUUUAAAUAUGUGGUUAAAAUAAGUGGUAAUUGAAUUGAAUAAUGGUGGUAAUUGAAUUAUCAUUAAAUAAGUAUUCUUUUUGUCUUUAACAAUUACAGCUUCAUGGCAUAAAGACAUUAGCAUAGGACCAGGUGCAAACACAACCGCUUAGAUAAACAGAUAAUGUGUAUUAGAUAAAUAGAUGCAAGCUGAAUCCAGAACAAAGGCUUGGUUCAAACUUUAAAAUAUAUAGGAAGGAGAUGGUCCAGGGUGGCAGUCAUAAAUAGGCCGAAUAGUGGCAAAACUAUUUUAUUAAAAGCCAACGUUUCGACCCGACUUUGCAGGCCUUCUUCAGGGAGGUGUGUUCAGCUAGGAGUUUCACUUAGAACUCAAGUCGGGUCGAAACGUUGGCUUUUGAUAAAAUAGUUUUGCCACUAUUCAGCCUAUUUAUGACCGCCACUCCGGAACAUCUCCUUCCUUUAUAAUGCAACGGUCAACUAUUAAAUAUUCAAUUUAAAAUAUAUUAUCUGUAAUCAGUAUACAGGGUGUCCUGGAAGUAGAGAGAAAUAUUUAAGGGGUGAUAGCAGACCUCAACAGCUACAAAAAAGUUUAUAUAAACAAUGGUCUUAUUUUCCAUAGAAAAGUAGGAAAUUAAAGUUUUGCAUUUAUUUAAGUGACGUGUUUUUUGUUGAUUGUUCCUCCUCCUCACCGAACUGCUGCAUUUGAUAAAGUCUUUUUAAUUCAAGUUGGCUCCUUCUGGAACUCUAUACCCUCAGAUAUUCGACACACAAAAUUAAUACCCUCUUUCAAAUCUCUCCUCUUCAAACACCUAUUCUAUUUUCCCAAUCUGAUUGAUCACGAAAUGCACUUAAAAACCUGAACUGUAAGAAUUUCAAAAUACACCCAGAUACUCUGAUUAUUUUGUGAUUCAUUGAUAUCUUGUUUACUAAAUUACUUUCUCUGUUUAUUUUAUAUUUAUACACGUUCUUAUAUCUUUUUAUUAUCUAUAACUUUAUUGUAAUCAUCCUAUAAAUACUAAACUGUAGUUUAUGGACACACCAAAAUAUUAAUAUACUAUCUGUAUUUGUAACUUGUCCUAAAGGGACACUAGUCCCAGAAUAAUAAAAUUAUUUUCAUUCAUUAAUAAAUCGAUAACAAAAAAAUUUAAAUUAAGUCAUUAACAAUUGCUUCACACUAAACGAGAUACAAUUUGCUUUAAACGAAAGUAGAGUUGGUUAUUGUUAAAACUAUUUAAAGAAGUCUUCUGAGCAGCUAAACUAAGCUAAAUUAUAUUUUUAAGAAAAAUCAUGAAUUAGUCAUAAUUUCUUUUUUAUCAUCCUCCUUCUUCUAUACCACACUUUUAGAAAACUUCACUGUUUAAUAAGGUUCAUAUUAAUUAAAUUGAGGUUUAUUGGGAAAAAAGUUAAGAUUCACCUCAAGAUGAGUACAAAAAAUCAUGUGAUAUCUUGUCAGCUAAAUAUACCUAUGUUUUAAGCAAAAAAUGGCUAAAAUAAAUUAUUCCAAUGAUUUGAUUUUUUUUUUUUUUUUUCAUGAUCUGGAAUUUAUUAAGAUACAUAAAUAUAAAUGGAUAAAUAAACUUUUGAUUUUAAAAAAUGUUAAAAAUAAUGAUUCUUUGAUUAUUUAUCAUACCAAUACUGAAGGUGGUCAAAUACUGAACACUUUCAGUACUGGAAACAUGCCCUGAUGAUGACCCACAUGUUUGGGUUGAAAUGUCGUCAACAACAAUAAAAAUCUUAAAAUGACUGCGUCCUGACUAUUCCUCACCUAUGAUGUGUAGAACAGUCGACUAACUUCCUCCAGUAAUUCAUUUGAUUAUUUAUCAUCUAAAGUAAUAAUGAAACUGAAUUUUUUACCAAGAUUUGUGCGAAAGGAAUUGACCAGAAUUUAUAAGUGACCGACUAAAUGUUUCUAAUAUUUAUGGUUAAAAUAAAGAAACCUGCUGACAGCUUAAAGUAUUUUCAUAAAAAAAGUAAAUAUUUAGACUAGAAACACUUAGAUGUUCACUAAAAAGGUUUAUAUCUAACAGCUCAAGAAUAUGUAAUGUUUCAAAAGUCAGAAUAAGGCCAACUGAGACCAAUUUUUUAACUUAAACAAAGAGACGCUCUUUUCCAUUUUCAGGGAGAAUGGAAGAAUAGAAUUUAGAUAAAGUAAGAAAUAAAAAAAUUAAUACUCUCUUUCGUAUUUUAUACCAUCUUUCAAGCCUUUUCUGGUUUAGGUUAUAUUUUAUAUCUAAAGGAUGGUCAUAAGAUAA